CCUAGGCAACCAUGUAUUUGAAAAGUCGAAGGACUUUUUCACAUCACAAAAUGGCGGCUUAUGUAUCAACACACGACCGCUCUGUUCUUCCGAAAAGCUAUGAAGAAACAAAGAUAUGUACGACUCAGAAGUCAACUCAUGAAGAUAUUCUAGUUCUUGGUAAUGAAAUCUACCAAAAGAUAUGUGACGAGCACGAGAAGACUCGUGUUUUAUGUGUGGACGAACUAGAGAGUCGUCUGAAAUCCGAGGCAGCGAAGGAGAAAGCUUCAGCCUUGAAGGAAGCCAAAGAAGCAUCCGAAUUAGAGCUGGAAAAGGCGAUGGCGACUGCUAAAAAGGCGCAGGUACUACUGAGGCUACGAGCACGUUCUGGUAGGGAUAAAGCAGUUAAAGCAGAGUCCAAGCGAGUCGAAGCUCUAAUGAAAAAGCUUGCAGCACAGCAGGUACAACAGGAAAAAGAGGAAGGAGAGAAACGCCUGGAAGAGGCCCUGAUACAGGCCAGAAAAGAAUUUGAUUUUGAGAGGGCUCAAGCAGUACAAAAGGCCAGGGAAGAAGAGAAAGUAUCAGCCGCAGCCAAGGCUAAGGGAGUCGCAAAUGAAGAAGAGGACAAAAGAAAGAGGAUUAUUCAAGCUGCUGAGACAGACAAGCAGGAAGCGUUAAAAGCAUUAAAAGAAAAGCUAAAGCAAGAAGAACACCUGGCAAUCAAACAACUGGAAGAAAAGUGCACUAAGGAAAAAGAGGCUAAACUGCAAGCCUUACAUAACAAGCAUAGUGACGAAGUAAAGGAACUUGAAGCAAAAAUAGAAGCAGAAAUCCAGGAACAGCAUGUGAUCCAAGACAAACUAGAAGAUAUGAUCAAACAAAAACAUAAUGUGGAAGAAAGGAUCAAGACUUUGGCUCAUUCCUUUCAGGCUUUUAUUGACACUACAAAGGGGUUCAACAAAGGUCAGGCAGAUUUUCUUAUCCCUGGAUUAUUAGGUGAAGUGUUGAGAGAUGAACAGUCUUAGCUUUAGCAUACUUUUAAUAAUACCUGAAAAUGAUAUUAUUUAUUAGAGUAAAGUGUAAAUAGGAUUUUAUAGUAUAAGCGAUCACAUUUUAAAAAUUUUGUAGUUAUUCUUAUUAUAAACAGCACUACUGUAUAUUUCUCACAAAA